GCUGGCACUGUGAAGCUGACCAAGCCGGUGGCUUUGUGGACCCAACAGGAUGUCUGCAAGUGGUUGAAGAAACAUUGCCCGAAUCAGUAUCAAAUCUACAGUGAGUCAUUCAAACAGCAUGACAUAACUGGCCGUGCUUUGCUGAGACUCACUGACAAAAAGCUUGAACGAAUGGGCAUUGCCCAGGAAAGUCUGAGACAGCACAUUCUGCAGCAAGUCCUUCAGCUGAAGGUGAGAGAAGAAGUUCGAAACCUCCAGCUGCUUACGCAAGGUGCAGAGAUAAUAUCUGUUUCAUGUUUAUUCAGCUAUUUCAAUUCAGUGACUAGUUCAUUCAAAGGCAUGGCAACAGACUGUCCCGGUAGAGGAGAAGGACACAAAGUAUCAUAUGGCUGCUUUAGGACCUCUUCAAUGACUUGAAAAUCAGGAAUACUACAAAUAAUGGAAACAGGAGAAUGUAUUGCUAAGGGAGAAAUCUAAAAAGUAACACAAUAUGUGAAGACUUAGAGGAAAAUGAAGGAAAAAUAAAGUUCCAUUACUCAGUGGACAAGGAGGGGAAAGCAGAUCACAAAGAUGGGGCUGAACACUUCAGCCUUUCUUGACUUCAGUUUUCACAAAUAGCUUGAUUGUGACCAGGUGCUUGGCAAAGUUAAUUUUAAUGGAGAAAGAAGAAUGCAAGCUGGAAUAAGGAAAAGAGCAUGAUAAAUGUAGAAGGGAAGUUAGAUAUAGUCAAGUCAUCAGGAUCUAGUGAAAUAAACCCUAGAGUAGCAAGAACUCAGAUGAGACAAUCCCUGAACUGCUAGCUUUUGUCUUUAAGAACUUGUAAAGGAUGAGGAAGGGCAAAUUUAAACUCUUAAAAUGAAGAAAUUGAUGAAACCUGUCAGCCUAACUUUGAUACACAUAAAAAUGCUGCAAAAAUUUUUAGUCGAUUUGUAAACACUUUGAGGAUGAUAAGCUGAUUGAAAAACAGCCCGUGUGGAUUUGUUAAGAAAAAACUGUCAGACCUCUCUAAUUUCCUCUUUGAAUGGGAUAAUAGAUAUAGUAGAUAAACAAAGAAGUAGUAGGUAGAUAUAUCUUUACUUUAGUAAGGCUUUUGACUGUGUUGCAGAAGGCCAGAUAGCCAUCUCACAAGCAAACAAGGAAAAUAUCAUCUAGAUGAAAUUACUGUGAGGUAGGUGAAGAGCUAGUUGAAGUACUGUAUUUAAAGAAUAGUUACGGUUUACUUGUCAAAUAGGGAGGGAACCUGAAGUGCAAUUCUGCUAGAUUCCGCCCUCGGUUGGGUGCUAUUCAUUAUUUUCAUUAAUGUCAUGGAUGAUGGACUGGAGAGUACAGUGUGCAAGUAACUGAAAGCUACAAAGGGUUUUGAGUACUUUGGAGGGCAGGUUUCACAUCCAAAGUGAUCUUGAUAAAAUGGAGAGAUGUUUGAGAUGAGGAAGAUGAGAAUUCAGCAAAUGUAAGUAAGAAGGCCUGCAGGGAGGAAGGGAAAACAAAUAUAUGAAUACAGAUGAGGGAUAUCUGAGUAAGCAACAUUACUGAGAGAGAGCAUGUGGUGGUGGGUAUCACAAGCUGAAUGUGAGUCAGCAGCCUGAUGCUAUUGGGGGAGAGAAGGCCUGUGGAGGAUCAGGCUUCAGUAUAACAUUUAAGCCAUGGCUGACUAUUUAACUGGCUAUUAAGCUGACUUUCCGCUUGGAUUUCUGUAGCUUUGCUACAGUAAUAUCCAGAGCUGGGCUUCACGCUUUGUAACAACGUAGACAAACUGGAGAAAGCCAGGAAGAGAGCUGAAGGAGUGAGCAGAGAUUUAGAAAAGACCAGUGGGGAAAGGUUGAAAAAGCUGGGCUCAGGACACAAGGACAAGGACAAGAAUAGAAGGAAUACCCUUUCAAGUAUAUUAAAGGGUUUGUAAUAUGAAAUAGUAGCUAUAUUUGUCCAUGCCCUCUCUCCCCACCCAAGGGUAGGAUGGCAAGUAAUUAACCAAUUACUUGCCAGGAGAUUGUCAAAUGCCAACUAAGUAGUUUGUACCAAAGGAGAUUUAAUUUGGAAAUCAGAAACUUAGCAUAAACAUGUUUCAAAGUGGAGUACUUGAGAGAGUCAGUGUAAAGGGGACUUGUAGGUUUGAGGAAUAGGUAGCAGUUACCUGUCAGGAUAUUUGUCCUUGCCUCUGAGCAGAGAGAUAGACUAGA